CGCGUUCGUCGCGCCGCAAGUCUCGCUACUCAUCGUCAGUCGCUGUCAGUGUGGGCGCGAGCGCGCAUCGGUGUCUCGCACACUCGUCGCAUGUGUGUCUUCUCUUCUGUCUGUCCAUCCGCGCCGUCGCGUGCGAUCAGCUGCUGGUCGGCACACUACCGGGCGCAAGCAACGGUAGCGCAGUCGGUAACGACGCGGAAAUAAUCGUCAAACGAACGCACGCUUUGGCGUAAUCGCAUUUGCUUGUGCCUAGGUCUAAUUGAUUAGAUAUUUAUUCUUUUCCGCUCUCGGUUUUUGUUUGGCACACACAUACGCGCUGUGGGUUUAUUUAUUGUUAUUUGCAUCGCGGCGGAUACAAAGCCAUGCGACCCAUGCGCGAAUCUGUGUCACUCGGCUGUGCGGCACCGGCGACGACGACAAUCGCGCACGUUUUCGACGAUUCGGCCGCGCGAAUGUGACCGGUGACCGGUGUACGACACUCGCGGACACUUCAAUUUCGUCGAGGAGUUAUUUGUCACCGCUGAGCGUAUAUGGCCGUGGUCAAUUUGGUGGUGACGCCGCUGCGAAGGCGUAACUGCCUUCUGGUACUCGCCUUCGUCGUCUUCAUUCCGUUCUGCUUUUUCGUGCUAUUUUCAGUACCAGAUGUAAGUUCAGAACAAAUGUUGAUCCAACGCCUGGCGGAGCUGCAGGUGAAGCUGCAAUACUUGGACACCAUGUAUAGAUCACGACAAGAGGACCUCCAGCAGCUGACCGCCCACAUCGACCAGAUGGUCGCGCCGAGCGAUAGCAAUGCGUCGCUGGGCGCACUCUCGCCGUUUGGCGGCGCCGCGCCAGCCACCACCAAGCCGGAGAUUAGACAAUUGUUGCGAAACAUGUCCGGCAUGAACGCCGCGCACGGUCUAAAUCCACCGAUAAUGCUGCGUCUGCCGUCGUCCUUCCAUUUCCUGCCGCACUUACUGGACGAUCCGGCCAGCUUACGCCUGGCUUACCUAAUGUCCAAAGGUCGCACCGGCGUUUCGGUGGUCCUUGGUGUACCUACCGUACGCCGCGAGAAGCACACCUAUCUCAUGGAGACGCUUCAGAGUCUCGUCGACGGCAUGAGCAUGGACGAGCGAGAGGACGCGCUGAUUGUUAUAUUCGUCGCAGAGACUGAUCUAGAAUAUGUAUUGCUAGUUGCGAAAGAAAUUGAAUUGAGAUUUCCGAGUCAAGUUGACAGCGGGUUAAUCGAAGUGGUGUCACCAUCCGUAUCUUACUACCCGGAUAUGGACAAAUUGCGCUCGACGCUCGGCGAUCCGUUGGAGCGCGUGCGCUGGCGGUCGAAGCAAAAUUUGGACUUUGCUUUCUUAAUGUCCUACUGCCAGCCGAAGGGCACGUUCUACGUGCAGCUGGAGGACGACAUUCUCGCCAAGCCUUACUAUAUUAGUGAAAUGAAGAAAUUCGCGCUUGACAAAACGGCCAACAAGGAGCCAUGGUUCGUCCUAGAUUUCUGCCAGCUGGGUUUUAUCGGCAAAAUGUUUAAGAGCGCCGAGCUGCCGUGGCUCAUUCAAUUCUUUCAGAUGUUUUACAACGACAAACCAGUUGAUUGGCUGCUCGACGAUCUCAUCUACACGAAAAUUUGCAACUGGGAGAAAAACAAGGACUUUUACAAAAGGGACAAAGCAAAACUGUGGAUCCAUUACAAACCGUCACUAUUCCAACACAUCGGCACGCACUCGUCGCUCAAAGGCAAAGUGCAAAAGCUCAAGGACAAGCAGUUCGGCAAAGUAGCGCUUUUCUUUCCGCACACUAAUCCUGAGGCGGACAUCAUCUCCGGCAUCAAAUGCUACAAGCUGUACAGUCUGAAACGGGCGUACCUCGGCGAGGCGUUCUUCUGGGGCCUGCUGCCACAGCCCGGAGAUCAAUUAAUCUUCAAGUUCAAGACACCAAUUCAUAUCAAAAGGUUUUUCUUCCGAAGCGGCAACGUCGAACAUCCUUCCGACAAGUUUUACAAUACCAGCGUCGAAGUUAUGCCGGCGGAGAGCAAUCUCUAUGUGAACUCGUUGAAUCUCACGGCGGAUGGAUACAUUGUCGUCGGUAAAUUUGAUAGUGUUGGCAUUGCGACCGGCAAUCCUAAUGAAAACAUUGGUCGAGUGUCAGCUUUACGUUUGUAUGUUCACAGCGAGAGCGACAAUUGGGCCAUAUUGAGCGAGAUACAUAUUCAGGACGAGUACUCCGUAGCUAGGUGACCACUGAGCGACGGUCGAGUCUCUAUGCUCUUCCCACACAUCUUGAAUCGCUACAAUAUACUCGACCGCACCCCUCAGCAUCCUCUGUGAUAUUAUUAAGUAAUGGAUUUUUGUGCACGCACCCUUCCUACACAACGUGUGUUUUUGUAUUUUGAAUUACUUGUUGAUUUAUUAUUUUGUUACGUUUUUAAUUUAUCGCAUAUAUAUUUAUAUUUAACAACCGACCACUCGAAUUAAGUAAAAAAGUCAAAUAAUU